AUGCUGGAGCAAGAAUUCUACGGUUUGCUUACUGCAGAGGAGCGGCGGCUUCACGAGAACAAAAAACGCAUCAAGUACCACAAGAGGUGGGGGUCUUAUCUCAGUGAGCGACAAUGGGCCACCGUGCGUGAGGAUUACUCUGCCUCGGGCAGUGCAUGGGACGACUUUUCAUUCGACGACUCGCGGUACAGAACUUACCGGUGGGGAGAAGACGGGUUGGCCGGCACCUGUGACACGCGUCAGUUGGUGUGUUUGCUGAUGGGUCUCUGGAACGGAAAAGAUGACAUUUUAAAGGAAAAGUUAUUUGGCGUGACCAACUCUCAGGGAAACCAUGGAGAGGAUGUGAAAGAGCUUUACUACUACUUGGACAAUACGCCCACGCACUCUUACAUGAAGUUCUUGUACAAGUACCCGCAAAGCAAAUUUCCAUACAAGCAGCUUGUGGAGGAAAGUGGCAAGAAGUCACGCUUGGAACAUGAGUACGAGAUCACUGACACGGGGAUUUUCGACGAAGGCCGCUACUUCGACGUAGUGCAUGAAGUGGCCAAAUCCGACGACGAUCCCGAAGAAUUGUUGUUCAGAAUCACUGCGUACAACCGUGGGCCUGAUGCAGCGCCAUUGCACAUUAUCCCUCAUGUGGUGCUCAGAAACACGUGGGCCUGGGGCACUGAGGAGCUGCAGAAAGGCAAGCCUCACUUGCGUGCCACUGACAACUUUUCCAUCGAGGUCGACCAUCCCAAAUUCGGGAUACGCCAUGUUGUGUUUGCGCCAGCGCCGGGCGUGUCUGAAGAGGCCCUGGACAUCGAGCCACAACUACUUUUCACGGAAAACGAGACUAACGCCAAGCUUUUGUAUGGGCAAGAAAACGCCGCUGAGUACGUGAAAGAUGCAUUCCACGACUACGUCGUUGACGGCAAGAAAAAGGCGGUGAACCCCAAGAAGGAGGGCACCAAGGCCGCGGCUCUCUUCUCUUUUGAUCAGGAUGGGGGUGUUGCUCCAGGAGACUACGUGACCAUCCGGUACAAGAUGUCGAAAACUGGCGGCGAGAUCGACGAAUUCGAAUUUGACAACGUCUUUGGGCGCCGUCAGGAUGAGGCUGAUGCCUUCUACUGGAAAGUCUCUCCUUUGCCUCUUUCGGACGAGUUGAGACAGGUGCAGAGGCAGGCAUUCGCGGGCUUGUUAUGGACAAAGCAGUUUUACCAUUUUGUGCACAGCUACUGGCUGAGCGGUGACCCCAAUACACCUGCUCCACCAGAAAACAGAGCCAAUGGCAGGAACAAGGACUGGAAGCACUUGUUUAUCGAUGAUGUGUUGUCCUUGCCUGACAAAUGGGAGUACCCUUUCUUCGCCGCGUGGGACACGGCAUUCCAUUGUAUUCCAUUUGCCAUGAUCGACCCUGAGUUUGCCAAAAAUCAGUUGGAACUUUUGACUAGAGAGUGGUAUAUGCAUCCAAACGGUCAGUUGCCCGCGUACGAGUGGAACUUCAGUGAUGUGAAUCCACCAGUGCAUGCCUGGUCUUCUUACAGAGUUUUCAAGAUUGAGCGUAAGAUGUACGGCGUGGAAGAUUUGGACUUCUUGGAAGGCACGUUUCAAAAGUUGCUUAUCAACUUCACCUGGUGGGUGAACCGAAAGGAUUCCGAAGGAAACAAUCUUUUUGAAGGUGGCUUUUUAGGACUUGACAAUAUUGGUGUCUUCAACAGGUCCGAGCCUUUGCCCACAGGUGGAACAUUGCAACAGUCGGACUCGACCGGCUGGAUGGCUUUCUAUUGUUUGCAAAUGUUGAACAUUGCUUUGGAGUUGGCGAAGACAAGACCCGUAUACGAAAACAUUGCUUCUAAGUUUUUCGAGCAUUUCUUGUUGAUUGCAGACGCUAUGUCGUACCGCGGCGCUAAGAAGGGGGAUCAAACCCCUACGGACCAAUCUUUGUGGGAUGAAAAUGAUAAGUUUUAUUAUGAUGCAAUCCAUUUCGGCAAUCACACGCAGUCCUUGCCCAUCAGGUCUCUCGUUGGUUUGAUCCCCUUGUAUGCGUCAUUGACUUUAGAGCCUGAAUUGUUGAACAAGUUUCCUUCCUUCAAGAAAAGAUUAGACUGGUUCAUCGAAAACAGAAGAUCUGUUGCCGAAAGAAACAUUGCUUCGAUGACAAAUCGUGGUGUGGGUGAAAGGCUUCUUUUAUCUUUGGUCAAUAAAGACCGUCUUGUGGCAAUCUUGGAGCGCAUGUUGGAUGAAGACGAGUUUUUGUCGGAUUACGGCAUCCGGUCAUUGUCUAAGUACCACGAAAAGCACCCCUUCGAAUUGGACGUGAACGGGCAAAAAUACGAGGUCAAGUAUUUGCCGGGAGAAUCCGACUCGGGCAUGUUUGGAGGAAACUCCAACUGGAGAGGUCCAAUUUGGUUUCCUGUCAACUUUCUUUUGGUUGAGUCUUUACAAAGAUUUUAUUUGUACUACGGCUCUGACUUGAAAGUUGAGUGUCCAAAAGGUUCCGGAGAAUACUUGAAUUUGGCGCAGUGUGCAGAGGAGAUUCAGCAUAGAUUGAUUCAUUUGUUCGUCCCCGACGCUGAGGGCAACAGAGCAUGUAAUGGCGAGAACGACCUAGUGAACAAGGAUCAGUACUUCAAGGACUACGUGCCCUUCUACGAGUACUUUGAUGGUGACACUGGGCGUGGUCUUGGUGCUCUGCACCAGUGUGGCUGGACUGCAGUUGUUGCCAAGUGGAUCCACGACAACGGAACCACCUGCAGAACACCCAAGACCCCGAAGUCUGCUCCAAAGCCCGUGCGCAGAAACUCCAUUCAUUCUUUCGAGACGGAGAACGAGUCUGCUUUGUCCCAAGAAGAAGAGGACAACCAACUUCUUCAGAAAUACGCGCCCAAAGCUGGGCCUUUCCCCGGCCGGUUGACGAGAAGACGCAGUGGGAAGUCGUUAUUGAACUUGACCAUCCAGUCGUUGGAUUUCGGGGACGACGAGAAUAUCAAGACUGGCGAAGAGCCGAUUGCCGGGUUCCGUGACUUGAAGAACGUGACCGCGGAGAUGCACGACCUUGAGUUGGCACGCACUGAUUCGAGGCGGUCGACGGACUCCAGAGGGCAUGACUCGAACUUGAUGGACCAGAUCCGGUCAGCGUUCAAGAAGUACAAAAACCGUACCGACGAGGACGAGGCAGAUGAGUUUGAGACCAGACAUUGA